AUGGUGACAAAUGAAAAGGUUCCAGUUUUACAAGGAAUAACUCAAAAAAUAACAAUAGGUUUAUUUAUAAUUUUUUUAUUUUGGAAUUUAUUCACUUAUCUCAUAUAUGAUGGAGAAAUAACCAAUUCUCCAAAGUUAGAAGAUAGUGUACAGAUCAUUACAUCAAUUGAUAUUAUCACACCAACAAAUGUCAUAAAAUUAACUCAAGUCAUCCAACAAGAGUCACCAUCUGCAUCCCUCGAAGCUGUCGUUACAUCGACUAAUUUCAUCACCAAAACCAAGAUCAAAACUAAGUUUGCUACAAAGACGUUGGAAAUUUCAAAAAGUUCAAUCAAGGUGGAUCCCCAGUUAAUCGAAAAGAUGCAAGAAACUUUAAUCGAGGAUCCAGAUCAUUAUGAAAAACUGGAUAAAUUAAUUAAUCAGAAAUAUUGUUACUCGAUCAAAUGUAAAUUCCUAUUUCCUUUUCAUCCACCUGAACAAGAAACACAAUGUAAUAAACAUUUCCUUUCGUCUAUUCAAUUGGCUGAGAAAAUAAAUCGUACAGUGGUAUUGACCAAUGUUGGAAAUUCAAGAAUUUGGCAAACAAAAUUAUUUCCAUUUAAUUUUUAUUAUGAUGUGGACGAAUUAAGAAACCGAUUCCCGAAUGUAAAUUUCAUCACUCAAAAAGAUUUUCAAGAUUGGUGUAGGGAGAGAUAUAAUAAACCUAAAGCGUAUUUUGCCAAAAUCCUUAAUGUUGAACCUAAAUUUACAGUAAAAUAUUUAUCACCAUUUAGUGGUAGUCUCUUAGCUAAAUUACAAAGGAAGGAUAAAUUUUAUGAAUACGAUUUCAUAUUUAAUAAUAAAUCCUUAUUUCGACAAUUUAACAUAGGAACUCGUAGAGUAUGGAGAAAAACUCGAGAAAAAAAUUUGAUGAUAAAAUUCUUUCAAAAAGAAUUAAAUGUGGAAGAAGAAGUAAUGUUAAUAACUUCUGGCCUUCAAUCACCAUCAUUUGAAAAAUUAAUUCCUAUUUCAUAUGCGAAACAUUUGGUUAAUUCAGCUAAUAAAGUAAUUAAGAAUCAAUUAAAUGAUAGAUUUAUAGGAAUUCAUUGGAGAAUGGAAAGAGGUAAAAUCGAAUUAAUGUCGGAUUGUGCUCAUAGAUUAGUAAAUUAUAUAAAAAAUUUAACGGAUUCAACGGGAAUAGAUAAGAUUUAUUUUGCAACGGAUUAUCCAAUAUCAAGAAAUUCCAGUCAAGCUCAAUCGGAUACAUUUCAUCAAAUAUUACCAGAACAUCGAGAAGCGUUUAGAAUAGUAACAGAAGGAAUUAAUGUUGAAACAUGGCUAUCAACAUCAGCAUUAGAAUAUUUACGUAAAUAUCCCGAAAUGAGUUUUGCGGUAGAAGAUGAACUUAGUAAAGGAGGAGUACAAGGAAUCAUGGAUAAAUUAAUAUUAGUACAAUCAAAUUUCUUUAUUAGUGGACCGAUUGGAUGUUGUAGAUAUUCGAGUACUUUUACUCAAAAAAUUGUGGAAUGGAGAGAAAGAUUAAUGAUUGAAGAUGAUAAAAGAAUUGAAAAUUUGGUGGAUAGAUGGUAG